AUGGCCAGCACGGAGACCGACUACAAAAGAGAACAAGAUAUGGGUGCACAAAAUGGCCCGUCAGAAGAUGCACCCAUUGCGCACGAGCGUGCUGGGCCUUCCCCCACAGGUCCGCCCAAGAAGAAGAGGAAGGUCGUGAAGCCAAACCCGGACAAGAAAUUCGAAUGCAAGCACGAAGGUUGUGGCAAGGCUUAUUCGCGUGCAGAGCAUCUCUACCGACAUCAAUUGAACCAUACCCCCAAAACUAUCUAUCGCUGCGACUUCCCUGACUGCACUCGGUAUUUCGUUCGCCAGGACCUGUGCAUUCGUCAUCGCGAACGGCAUACCACCCACGGGUCUCAACUGCACAAGCGAGACUCGUUCGCUCAGUCCGCUGCUGCUCCAGAUAGUACAGUACUAUCACCGCAGCAGCAACUCGCCCAGGCCCAAAGUCAGUCGAUGCCCGCCCCUGCCCAUAAGAGUCCUCGGCAGGAAGUAAGACCGGCUUCUGCAUUCCUCUCUGGCGAUUCCGGCACUUUUAAGCAACAUACUCGAAUGUCCAGCAGCACGGUUCCAAUCUCCAAUGCAACAGCCGACGCAACAAUGCAGUCAUCUACGCCCCAGGUCGGUAUGACGAGAACCGAGGCCCCGUUGCAUCGCACAAGCAGCACUGGCAGCAACCCUCUUAGUCCCACACAAAGGCAGGGGAGCGUGUCAUGGUCUCUCCAGUCUCGUCGUCAGAGUUUCAGCCCAGGAGAUGUUAGGACACAGAGUACCUAUCCCCAAAUGCAGUCCUCGCACAGAGCCUCCAUUACUGCUCUCCCACAAUCGCCUGUUGGGCAAUAUUCCUCUACAUCUGCAACCAACUAUCACCCUGUGAGGUCAAAUUCCGAUACUAUUCUUGAACGACCGAAUGGCUAUGUGCAACAGGUGGAGAUGCCCCAAGCUGUUGCUUAUACUUCGGCGAGUUAUCCUUCCGCCGAAGUCUCUCGAUCUGCAGACGCUGCAUUCGUGGCUGCGGUGUCUCAUGGUCUAACAAGAGGUGACACCUAUGCCUAUCCACUCAUGACGGGCGGCAUGUCCAAUGGAGACUUAGGUCCAGCCUAUGGAUUUCCUGUCUUUGGAUCGGAUGAAUAUACUCAGACCCCGUUUGCUGUGGACGACUUCACCCAAUGGCUGUUCAAUGACACGCAUUCUGGUUCGAACGACUUUUCCCCACCCAAUUAUGUUCCAGGCUUUAGUGGACACGAUCACUCAAACAUGCAGGCAACAUACUUCUCUCACAGCCCUUCUUCCAGCAACACAUAUCCCGGCGCUGCCCUGCAGCAUCCGAUGCGUGUAACAAGUGUACUUGACCAGACAGCUACCAGCCAAUACAUCAUGUCAGAAUCGAAACGACAGGAGCUCCUCGACAUCAUGCAGACUCAGUUUAUCGAACGCCCGCAUGAUGCGGUCAAGAAGCGCAAAGACUCGGUAUUCGAGGGUGAUGUUGAUAGUGACGGCCAUAUUCUCAGCUUGAGGAUGAUGCACACCUACAUUGGUUCUUACUGGUACCAUCAGCAUGCACAGUUGCCAAUCUUACACAAGCCUACCUUUUCUGCCGACCGGACACCUAAUCUCCUGUUGCUUGCUGUCAUCGCAAUCGGCGCCGCAACCCUGGAUAAGGCAUAUGGUACAUCUCUAACUGACUCUGCGGCUGAGUUUGCCAACUUUGUCGCAUGGCACAUCCGUUGGGAGAUUUUAAGAGAUGCUGAUUUCAGACCACCAGCAAAACUAUGGGUGUUUCAAACCUUGCUCCUCAUCGAAGUUUACGAGAAAAUGUAUGCGACGAGGGCGCUUCACGAAAGAGCUCAUAUUCACCAUGACUCGACACUCACUUUGAUGAGGCGUGGCAGUUCUCUCCUUGGUCGUUCUGCAUCCGACUCGCCACCAAGCCUUCGCGGAGAGCAGGACAACGGCAAGACUUCAGUCCUAUUCUCGUCAAGCGAAUCAUCUAAAUCCGAAGAAUCCUGGCAUCGCUGGGUCACCACGGAGGCAACUCGCCGCGCCGCAUUCGGUGCCUUUGUCAUUGACUCAAUUCAUGCAACAAUGUUUGGCCAUGCUGCUAAAAUGGUCGCCCACGAGAUGCGACUUCCUCUGCCAUGCGACGAAGGUCUCUGGUCAGCCAUUUCAGCCGCUGAAGCCGGACGGGUGCAGUCAUCAUUGCAGACAAACGGUGUAAAGCCAAUCAUGUUUUUGGAUGGUCUCAAAAAGACUCUCAACGGCCAAAGAGUGAGAACCAACUCUUUCGGCCGGACCAUCAUUAUGGCUGGUCUUUUGUCAGUGUCGUGGCACAUGACUCAAAGGGAUCUCCAGAUCUCGUCCUUGGGGCCUCGCACCGCUAAUUCAUUUGGAGGGCCUGACAAGUGGAAAGCAACUUUGUUGCGCGCUUUCGAUAAUUGGAAACGGGAUUUUGACGAGGCACUAGCCGAGGCGGCACCUGCACCUCCUUCACCGCUUCGUACCUCUGCGACCCCCUUUCAGGGCUUACUGCCACCAGUCGAUGACGAGAACAUUUUUGAGUCGCGCACUGUUUUGCAUCACCUUGCACACAUCGCAGCUCAUGUCGAUGUUGUCGACUGUCAAGUAUUUGCAGGAGCAAAUCGUCUCCUUGGGAGGUCAAUCACCCCUAAAGAUUACAGUGUGAUCCGCGAAAAGAUCGAGCGGUGGGCAACAAAGGCUUCGGCGCGUGAUGCAGCAUUCUAUGCUCUGAAGUUUAUUGCCCAGGUGCUUAUUCCACCAGAUGAACCUAUCGACGGAAUCAAUAGUCGGACGUAUGGUCAUGCAAGCCCCAUCCUACCUCAAGCUUUCGAGCACAACCAAUAUAUUGCUCGAGAUGACUUCUUGUUGAACCGACCAUGGGUUUUGUACAUUUCUGCUCUAGUUGUCUGGUGCUAUGGCUUUGCACUAGAAGGCCCAAUCAAGCCGCAGCCAGCCGAGGAAGAUUUCAUGACCUAUCGUCAGAAAGAGCAUGACAUGCGCGAGUACCUUGAAAGAGUCGGGGGUGUGCGUGCCCCCGACGAUCUCGAGUUUGUCAAGGGCAAAAACCGUUGCUUGGGCCUUCUGAUGAUCUUAAAGGAAUCCUUUGAAAGUACAAGGUGGGAACUUACUCAUGAGGCUGCUGGACUAUUGGGUAAUGCAUGCCUAAAACUGCGAGGUGUCGAGCCUCAUGAUAUUGUUGGACCAGGAAACAGCGGAUUCAACAACUCCGAUCACCACAGCACAAGCUCAAACGGCUACACGAACGGUAACGGGUAUCGUUCGGGACACUAUCGCGAGGAUCGAGAUCACUUCACCGUUGCAAGUGCCGCAAAGGUUUAG